UCCUGACCUCGUGAUCCACCUGCCUCCGCCUCCCAAAGUGCUGGGAUUACAGGCGUGAGCCACUGUGACUGAUUAAAUGGACUUGUAUUCAGAGAUAUCUUCAGCAGCACCACGGCCAUGUCAUGUCUUGCUGAUCCACACCUCUCACAAGCAGUGAGUUCUCAAGAGCUAGCUUAAAUCCUUUUUGCUACAAAAUCAGUCCAUUCUUGCUGGGCGCAGCACUUUGGGAGCAAGGCAGGAGGAUCGCUUGAGGCCAGGAGCUGGAGACCAGUCUGGGCGACACUGCAAGACCCAGUCUCUACACAAGUUUAAAAAUUAGCCAGGUGUGGUGGCAAGUGCCUGUUGUCUCAGCUAUUCAGGAAGCUGAGGUGGGAGGAUUACUUGAGUAGAGGAGAUGGGGGCUGCAGAGGGCCAUGAUCGCGCCAUUGCACUCCAGCGGGGAUGGCGUCCACUCCGAUGGGGAAUGAGGGGGAGAAGAAGGACAGCUGGCCGUCUCAAGCUGCACCCUCCUCGAGAGGAGGUUCGGCUUCGUUAUCUCGUUCUGAGGAAUACCUGUCCCGGAUCAGUGCAGAACUCACGGAGGAGGCUUUAUUUAUGGCUUGCUGCCAUUUGAACCCUGUGCCCAUCAAAAAAAAGCAGACACAAGACCAAGCGACUCAGAUAUCCACACAGGCAUUCUUCACCAAGACCCGAGGCACAGACACCCGCUCCGACAGAAACCGUACCCGCACCAAGUCACACCUCCUGCCAGCCCCUCACGAAAAGAACAUGCCUCAAAACUCCUCUUUUGCCACUCGUUAACCACUUCCGUUUGCGGGGACCUCGUGGUCAUAAGCAGUAUCAUCCUGAAGCCGUCAAAUUUCUCUGGAUUCAUCACCGGACCCUCCAGCCUCAGCCAGCAAGGACACCACCAGGAAUGAAAGGCUUUAAUAAAGAGACAGGGAUCCUCCCUUCCCCCAGCUCA